AUGGUGACCGAUGACAGUGAUGAACAGCUCAACAAGGCUCUGGCAUCAUCUUUCCCGAUUCCUGCCCAGGCAGAUGCUUACUUUGUACAGCUCUGGUCCUCUCGCCGGCCAGACAGCUGCACUGUAAAGUGUGACCAUUACUGGCCAGCAGACCAGGACUCCCUCUACUACGGGGAUCUCAUCCUGCAGAUGGUCUCAGAGUCUGUGCUGCCCGAGUGGACCAUCAGAGAAUUUAAGAUAUGCAGUGAAGAACAGUUGGACGCACACAGACUCAUCCGUCACUUUCACUACACGGUAUGGCCAGACCAUGGAGUCCCAGAGACCACCCAGUCCCUGAUCCAGUUUGUGAGGACUGUCAGGGACUACAUCAACAGAAGCCCGGGGGCCGGGCCCACCGUAGUGCACUGCAGUGCUGGAGUGGGCAGAACCGGGACAUUCGUUGCCUUGGACCGGAUCCUCCAACAGUUGGACUCCAAGGAUUCUGUGGACAUUUAUGGAGCAGUGCAUGACCUAAGACUUCACAGGGUUCACAUGGUUCAGACUGAGUGUCAGUACAUCUAUCUGCAUCAGUGCGUGAGAGACGUCCUCAGAGCUAGGAAACUGCGGAAUGAACAAGAAAACCCCCUGUUUCCUAUCUACGAAAACGUGAAUCCAGAGUAUCACAGAGAUGCAAUCUACUCAAGACAUUAAGGUUGCACCUGCAGAUGCCCUGGAUUAAAGUUUUUCACUGUGUGACUUUUAAAAACCAGACCUUGCUUCACGCCCUGCGAAGGUGCCAGCUAUUUCUGUUGAUACUAUGUAUAAUUUAUUAAUCUGGAGAAUGUUAAAGAAUUUAUGUAAUUUAAAGGUAACAGAUAUUAUUGUAUAUACUUGUAUUUUGUAGUUUCUCCUGUACAUAUGUAUUUUUCAUAAUGUUUAAUAUUGAGCUUUAUAUAAUAGUAUUUUUCCACACUAAAGUGUUCAUGGCUUGUUCUGCAUAAACUGAUUCAACCUGUAUGACAGGGCCACCAGUAAAAUGUGUGUAGAGAAAGCAGCAAGGACAAUCCCUGGGUCUGUGUUUCUUGCCAGAGUUGAUACCCACGGGGUAAGCAAAGGACAGAGCUGGAGAGAGCAUACCAUAAGGCCAGCUUUGCCAAGCUGCUGCCUUACUAACGAACCCUGGGAUCUAAAGGCUGUAACCGUCAAAGAAAGAUUGGGGCUGUGGCUACACCUUGGUGGUAGAGCAUAUGCCAAGAAAUUAAAAAUAAAUUCAAGAACUGGAGGAUUAGACAGCACCAAAGCUGAGCUAGGUGUCUUUGUCUAAACUGGAAGCUUUUGAUCUGAAUCCUCCCAGGGUUACAAGCCAUGGCCAGCUCCGGGACCUUGAAACUUGCGGUGACUGCUGGGUUGAGGGCUCUGGUAGAGGAUGAGACCAACAGAUGAGACCUCGUGACAAUCAGUAAUGCCAGGUGUCCCUCGGACUGGAACCUACCGCACAAAGCAGGGUGCAUCCCUGCAACAUUCGGGCUUGGUUUUCCUUUGGAGAGAGGGAUGGUGGUAGGUCAUGCCCCUGAUUGAAGAAAGCAUGAUAUACUAACAAGUUCAUUGAAAUCUGUACAUCACAUAUAAUGAAUGAAAAAGUAAACAAUGCUUAAAAACAACAACAACCACCCAGCUGUGCUUAGUCUAAAAAUCUUUCAAAAGAUCUUUUUAAGUUGAUGCAGUUAAAAUGUCAAAUACUUAUCUGAAUUAAUAUAAAUGGCAACACACACCCUACCAAUUUUAUCUUUAAGAUCCUUGCUUUACGUUGACUAUAAAAAUUCCAGUGAGUUAGAAAGUGGACAUUGCCAAAUCAAGGCCGGAUUUGAAGUUGAUAGAAACAGAGGAACAGUUCCUAAGGAUCCCUGUGAACAGCAGUGAGGACUCAGAGUUCUCUCAGUGUCACUGUGCUCUGUGCCCUUGAGAAAAUGGCACUGUUAGGCUCUGAUCCUGUAUCCAGAAAACCUUUUGGACAGGAAAAACAGGAGCCAGCUUUGGACAGGAAAAAGAGGUGUCAGCUUGAAGGUAUAUAACUAAGGAGAAAAUGGAGGUCAUACACGGCAUUGGUGUGGCGUCUGUUAGGGAUCAUUUUUCUUAGAGGAAAAGAAAAAGCUAGGCUGAAGGAGCUGCUGUGAGGUGGCAUGCUUGUGUGGCCAUAUCCAGAGGUUCACACACACACACACACACACACACACACACACACACACACACACACCUCAAGCAAGAGGAAAAUAGAAAAAGAGUUGUAAAUUGAUGUUGCUUGGUGCAAAGUCUGUGGGUAACCUGAGAAGAGAGGUUUAUUUUCAGCUUUUUUUCAUUGAGAAAAGUCCCCAGCAAGUGCCUGGAACCUGUUAGGUGCUGUUCCAAAAUCUGUUUCUUUGUCCACCAAGAGUGCAUGAUGGCAGUGAAAUUAGCAUUGUGACUCAUUUGAAUGGAACUUAAGAGAGGCCCCAGGUGAGGCUGUGAGAGCACAGUGGUCACCUCCCUUAGGGUGCUCUGCUGCUAGCAAGUGCUGAAGCUGUUUCUGUUAGAUGCAGAAGAGAAAGCAAUUAAAAUUGCACAAACCAGAAAUUAUAACCACAAAGCACCUGUACAUGUGUAACCAUAAGUGACACCUGCAUACCCUCAAAGCAUUUGGGGGCAGAAUCGGAAUUACGGAAAUGAAUACAGCUACACAGCCAGGGAAAACCAUACAUUCAUCUAUUGUCAUCUGUUCCAGGAAGUACUGAUUCCUCCUUCUCUAUACUAGUUUUAAACCCCCUUAGCAACAAAUAUUUCACUAUGCAAUCUCUCUCUCUCUCCCAGGAAAAUGAAAUACAGAUCUAGUUGAUCCAUUCAUUGAAUUUAGCAGACAGCCAGACUGGAAAUGUAGCUACUGGUAGAGUGUUUGCCUGGCAUGUGGGAGGCCCUGGGUUUAAUCUCAGGUACCACAAAAUAAGCAAGGAGAGAAACGAAAAGGUUUCUUUGCCAUUCGCUCCAUCAGAUGCAUCUCCCCUUAAUUGCAUCAUGUGGUUAUGCCUCGGUAAACACUCCGCUUCCUGUCUUGGCGGGCAUCCUGUCUGCACCUGAGCGCGCUCUUUAAUCAGCAAAGCUUCAAAGUACUUCAAGGCUAUCAAAUCUUGAGAGAGUCUCUUUGGCAUCUUAAUAAUUAUUUACCCAGGUUCCUUAUAAUUAACUCCUUUAAUCUCUUCACAUUAAAUCAGUUUUACAUUAUCAUUCAGCUUUCCCCUGGAGAGCUGCCGACUUUUCCACUCUUGAGUCAGAUUUUUCAAAGACACAUCUUCCCCCUCUGGACUUGCAAAUGUUCGUCCUGAGGAACUUCCCACCCUUUAGUGACCAAGUUCCUCUUUUCCAUGGCCUGCCCCUUCUUCCUAUUCGAUAGCUCCUGUGCCAACGGGAUGUGACUUUAUCUUCUGUCCAUCCCAUCUCCUUUCACCCAUGGCUAACAUUUCAUAAGCUCAGUAUUAUAGAUGAGUGAUCAAGACUUAAUUUUUUCAACAUUAAAAUGGCAACAAUACAGCAAUUUGGGGUCAGUUAUAUUUAGGAGGCCCUGUAAUUAAUUUUGCUAUUACCUCUUGGAAGAGAGCCCAAAAUUAUAUGAGAAAAUAAUGUGAAACGGUUUAACAGAUGUCCAGCAACACAAAAAUAGGGCUCUCAUGUUACACUUCAUACUGCUUCUCUUAUCUUGGUGUUAAGGAUAAAACUUUUCAUAUUAAACACUUUCUGCUCCCUUUGCAAAAAAAAAAAAAUGAUCUGUCAUGUACUAAAUUCUUGCUCAGUUAGUUUAUGGGCAUUUUGGAAGGUUAACUCCUUGAAGCUACUAAAUCUGUAUAUUUGCCUGAGAGUCCCAGCCAUGGAAGACGCUAGAAUUUUUGUUCACCCAAGCUGCCCGGACAAAACCUGACCACGCAACAAUGAAUAGGUAGUAAGUAAUUAGCUGCAUGGUUGUAGAAAGAGUUCAGAGGUUUUCCAAGUUCUGUUUCAUUGAAAAAAAAUGAAUAUAACUGACCAGACAAGAGUGGUAAGAAGGCAUGAGCAGCCCCGGUGAGCAAGUUCACAUCCCUGAGGAGUCAACAGAGAAAUGGCGCACGUGCUUCAAUGCCCCAUUACCAUUCCGAAGAUUUUUUUCAUCCACGCUUCAGAAACGCAUCCAGUGUUGAAAGACGAUUUCACAGCCAAGGAAACUUUAGACCACGACUGCAGAGAGGAAGUAAAAUGAUGUAAGGAAGGGAGAACAUCAGAGAAGAGGUGAGCAACGUGAGCAUCAGGAAGACAGAAUGGCGUGUCUUCCCUCUUGGGUGGUUCUUUGAAAAUCUCGUCAUGUAUUUAUUUCUGUGAAGACAGAUGGAUUGACCAUUCUUCACCCCCAAAUCUGGAACUCAAAAUGCCUCAAAGUCAAAGGCUUUUUUGAGCACUGAUUUGACACAGUAGGAUGCUCUAUAGCUGGCCUUGUGUGAUGUGUCAGUCAGAACACGGGUACAUGAAAACUACCAUGUAAAUUUACCAUCAGCAAUGUGUACAGGGUAUAAGGGAGACAGAAAUGGAUUUCAUAUUGAGGGAUUCAUCCUCAGUAUUCACAUCAUAGUUAUUCAAAUAGUCCAAAGUUAUUUUUAAAAUUGAACAGAUUCUUAUCACAAACAUUUCAGGUAAGGGAUCUUUGACCUGUGUUACUCUUGUUGGGAUUCACUGCGACCACGUCAGUCGGGGGAUUUAGCUGAUUCAACAAUUGAAUUGAUUCAUUUGGUUUUUGAAUGCACCA